AUGGUGGAAUAUGUGCAAGUCCUCUUAUUCAGCACCAUAAGUAGGAUAACUGCAGAGACCACAAGGAUGAAUAACUUUGUGUUAUUCAAGCACUUUGUGAAUCAAACUCUUACAGAGUGCAACUGUGUGCUGUUGGUAUCACAGAAAUAUUUGUACAAUGUGUUUAUUAGAGAGAAAAUGUAUUUUGAGACAACAGACUUCACGAAAGACUUGGAUGACCUAGGAGAACCUGAUAAAGGACCUGGGACCCAUGUGCCAUUUACAGACCACUUUAGUGGAAAAGGAAAUGGCCUUAUCAUAAUAAUCACAAGGAUGGACUCUGUUCUCCAAACACCCAUGUAUUUCUUCCUGGCAAAUUUUUCCUCUCUGGAAAUCUGUUAUGUGUCUGUCACUCUCCCCAGGAUUCUAAUGAACCUUUGGACUCAAGAGAGAAGCAUUUCUUUACUAAGCUGUACCACCCAAAUAUGCUUCUUCCUUGUUCUGGGUGCCACAGAGGCAUUCCUUCUGGCAGUGAUGGCCUAUGACCGCUAUGUGUCCAUUUGCAACCCUCUGCAUUAUGCAUUAUGCGUCCAGUUGGCUGUUGGUGCCUGGCUCAGUGGAAUUCCAGUCCAGAUAAGGCAGACAUGUCAGGUGUUCUCACUGCCUUUCUGUGAUUCCAAACAAAUCCGCCACUUUUUCUGUGACAUCCCCCCAUUGAUCCAGCAGGCCUGUGGGGACACUGCGCUUAAUGAGAUAUAUGUCUAUGUAGUUACUGUACUGUUUGCCAUGAUUCCUUUUCUACUGAUACUGGCUCUUAUGUCCAAAUAGUUUCUACCAUCUUAAAGUUGCCCUAAGCCACAGGUUGGUCCAAAGCCUUCUCCACCUGUUCUUCUCAUCUGAUAGUUGUGCUUUUGUUCUUUGGCUCUGUUACUAUCACCUAGUUAUGGCCCAAAUCAAAUCAUUCUGCAGGAACUGGCAAAAUGCUCUCCGUUUUCUACACUACU